CCUCCAUUCCAAUCUCACAAGCACUGAUGGAGUUGUCCUCCAAUCUCAUGGCCUCUCUUGUUAGCAUAAUAAUCUCUUUACUUGUGUUCUUAGCUCUCUAUUUUAUUAGAAUUAUCUCAAGGGAGAAGAAACAAUGGGGAAGUGUCAAGAAGAAGUACCCACCCAUUGCUGCCACUCUUCUCCAUCAGCUCUUCUACAUAAGGAGGCUUCACCAUUACCAAACCAAGCUCUCUCUCAUCUACAAAACUUUUCGGAUUCUUGAUCCCAUCCGCAAUCAGAUCUACACAACCGAUGCAACUAAUAUCGAGUAUAUUCUCCAUAACAAUUUCAAGAAUUACGGCAAGGGGGAUUACAAUUAUGAGAAUUUAAAAGAAUUGUUUGGAGAUGGAAUUUUUGCUGUUGAUGGCGAAAAAUGGCGGCAUCAGAGAAAGCUUGCUAGCUAUGAGUUUACGAAGAAGAAUUUGCGGGAAUGUAGUAACAUAAUUUUUCAAAAAAAUGCAUCAAAACUUGUUGCUAUUGUUUGUCAAGGAGCUAAUUCCAUUGAGUCAAUGGACAUUCAGGAAUUGUUCAUGAGAGCAACAAUGGACUCGAUUUUUGAAAUCGGGUUUGGAUUAGAGUUAAACAGUCUUGAAGGGCAAAGCGAAGGGAGUCAGUUCACGAAAGCAUUCGAUAAUUCAAGCGAAUUCAUCAUGCUUCGGUACUUCAAUCCUUUUUGGAAGAUCAAGAGGUUUCUCAACAUUGGAUCUGAGGCAAAACUCAAGGAAAACAUCAAAGUUGUCGAUGAUUUUGUGUACCACUUGAUUCACACCAAGAUGAGGCAAAUGUCAGAUUACCAACAAAAAGAUUUUCUGAUGAAAAAAGAAGACAUAUUGUCAAGAUUUUUAGAGGAAAGAAACAAGGAUCCUGAAAACAUGACAGACAAAUACCUAAGAGACAUCAUACUGAAUUUUCUCAUUGCUGGCAAGGAUACAACAGCAGGAACACUAUCUUGGUUCAUCUACAUGCUCUGCAAACAUCCAUUAGUACAAGAGAGAGUCUAUCAAGAUAUUAUAGAUGCAACUGAAGCAGGGGAAAAGGCGAACUUUACUGAAUUUUCACAGAGCAUAACUGAUGAAGUUCUUAACAAGAUGCACUACCUUCAUGCAGCCUUAUCAGAGACUUUGAGACUUUACCCUGCUGUUCCUUUGGACUCCAAAGUAUGUUUUUCUGAUGAUAUUCUGCCUGAUGGGUUUAGUGUAAACAAGGGUGACAUUGUUUUUUACCAGCCUUAUGCAAUGGGAAGAAUGAAGUAUUUAUGGGGGGAUGAUGCAGAGGUUUUUAGACCAGAAAGAUGGUUGGAUUGUCAUGGCGUUUUCCAGCAUGAAAGUCCAUUCAAAUUUACUGCAUUUCAAGUAAGAAGAAUAUGGUGGACCAAGGAUUUGCUUGGGAAAAGACUUUGCUUACAGGCAAAUGAAGAUCUUUGCUGCUGUUCUUCUCAACUUCUUUAGAUUCAAGCUCAGUGAAAAGAAUAAGGUUGUCAAUUAUAGAGUGACGAUCACUCUUCACAUUGAUCAUGGCCUUCAUGUUCAUAUAUUUCACAGAUGAAGAUGAAAACUAAGGUGAACAACAAAGUAUAUGUACUCAUUCAAUUAUUAAUUGAUGGAUUUGGAGAUGCAAAGAAUUUUUUUUUUUUUUUUAAAUAAGGUGGAUAAACCACUAAUUUAUUAAAAAAGAGAGAUGCAAAGAAUUGCAAGUGUAGUGAUGAUAAAAGCAAAGUGGGAAAAAAAGAAAUCAUUAAAAAGAUGACUUAUUUAUUAAAAAAAA